AAGCUAAGGGAGAGUAACAGAGCACAACAAUGGCGGCAAUCACACAGCAACCAAGGACAUUGACGACGAAAGAGGCUGACAUACAGUUGAUGUUGGCAGCUGAAGUCCACCUCGGUACUAAGAACUGUGACUUCCAAAUGGAACGUUACGUCUUCAAGCGUCGCAACGACGGUAUCUACAUUAUUAACGCUGGAAAGACAUGGGAUAAGCUGCAUAUGGCAGCUAGAGUUAUUGUUUCUAUUGAGAAUCCUCAGGACAUCAUUGUGCAAUCUGCCAGGCCCUAUGGACAGAGAGCCGUCUUGAAGUUCGCACAGUAUACUGGUGCACAUGCCAUUGCUGGCCGUCACACCCCUGGUACCUUUACCAAUCAGCUUCAGACUUCAUACAGCGAGCCACGACUUCUCAUUCUCACUGACCCUAGAACUGAUCACCAGCCUAUCAAGGAAGCUGCACUUGGAAACAUCCCCACUAUUGCCUUCUGUGACACUGAUUCACCAAUGCGUUAUGUUGACAUUGGUAUCCCUGCCAAUAACAAAGGGAAGCACAGUAUUGGUGUUCUCUUUUGGAUCUUAGCAAGGAUGGUACUGCAGAUGCGCGGUACUAUUAGCGCAGGACCCAAGUGGGAUGUCAUGGUGGAUCUCUUCUUUUACAGAGAGCCUGAAGAGGCAAAAGAUCAACAAGAAGAGGAAGUACCUGCUAUUGCUGAUUAUGCAGAAUAUGGUGGUGCUGCUCUUGGUGGUGACUGGACUAGCAGCCAAAUCCCUGAUGCUCAAUGGGCUGCAGAUGGUGCAACAUCUGUUUCUGUAGCUACCGGUGGCUGGUCUGGAGAAGCAGUGGCUGAUGGAGGUUGGGAUGCCGCAGCUGCUCCUCCUGCACCAGUUGGUGUACCAGAAGUGACCCCUACCCCAGCUCCUGCUACUGGCUUGGAAUGAACUUGACUCCUUUAGAAAGUUCUUUUUGGUUAAAAUUAGAUAUGUGAGUUCUUAUAACAGACGGUUUUGUUUACGAUGCAAUUUUAUAAAAUUUUUGGACCUGUUGAUGUACGAAA